AUGGAGGUCGUACAGGACGACGAGGCGCUGAAGAAGGUGCUGGCGGGGAGAUUCUCCUUCAUCAUCCACAGGAUCUUCGUCACCAUCAACAUAGCAGCACGAUACACAGACGCGAGAGGCAACACUCCCUUCUACAUGAGCAGGGACAUUCCUUUGUUUGUUGGGUCAGGAUGGUGCUUUAGAAAAGGUGCACCUUUUAGCCAGCGAUUCAAUCAACUGAUAACCCGCCUGAAUGCUGCAGGAAUUAUUACCUACUGGACUAAAGACUUAAUAGGCAAUAUAGCGAGGGAGAAAAGGAAGGUUGUGAAAGAGGACACUGAGAAUAUCCAUGGAGAUGUAUAUCAGGAUGAAGGGCAGCAGGUGGUGCUGAGCCUCAACCAUCUGCAGGGAGCCUUCUACGUGCUGCUGGUGGGCUCCUGCGUCGCCUUCCUCACCCUGCUGGGGGAGAACCUCACCCACUGCUGCUCCUCGCCUCAGUAACACCU